ACCACACUGCAAUGACUACAUCUCUUGACAAAUAUUGUUCCAUACAAAGGGCUUCAAUGCCAGAAAGGAAAUGUGUCUUCUGCCCAGAGAGCUGGGUGCCAUUCAACACAAACUGUUACUACUUUGCCAAUGAUACAAAGACCUGGGCUGACAGUCGUGAUAACUGCACAUCAAUGGGGGGUCACCUGGUGAUCAUAGAGAGCCAAGAGGAGCAGAACUUCUUACUGAAUAAGACACGCAGCAAAACUGUCAAAUCUCACUGGAUUGGUUUAACUGACCAGAAGGCAGAAGGUCAGUACCUCUGGGUGGACAAAUAG